AUGUGUGUGUGUCCAUUUGAAGUACUUCUUUGGUGGGAGGAUGGACAACGUGAUGCUAGAAGCUGCAUCAGGGACUAUGGCAGAAAUGCUAACUCCUCUAGGUGCACAAGCUCCUCCUCUAAGUGCACAAGCUCCUAGCAGGGGAGUGUCCUUAGAUGGUGAUCCUGACCCUAGACAAGAUGCCAUCCAUCUCAAUACGGCUUUCAAAGGAAGAGGGAAAAACGUCCCUGAGAUUAUCAAUAUUCUUGCACAUCGUGAUGUAACUCAACGUGCCGAAAUUCAAGAAGCAUACAAAGCCAUGUAUUCUGAGGAUCUCAAGCAACGUCUCUCUCAAGAGCUUGGAUUUGCUGGGGAUGUCAGUGAGAACCUUGGUGUGAACAUUAGUGGGGACCUUAAUGGAGAGCUUUUUGGGCCACUUAGUAGCAAUAUUAAGAAAGCAGUUAUGCUUUGGAUGCUUGAUCCAGCAGAGCGUGAUGCAACAAUAGUGGGCCAGGCAUUAACACUAACGAGCCUUGAUUUGAUAGCUCUGACCGAAGUAAUAUGUUCUCGCACCCCAUCUGAGAUACGACUAUUUAAGAAAGCUUACUUUCAAAAAUAUGGUACUCAAAUCAACGAUGACCUUGACUUCAAAACCUACACCUAUCAUAAGAAGUUGUUAAUUGCAUGUUUAAAUGCCGAGCGUGACGAGGGAACGGUGGCCAAUCAAUCAUUGGCGGAAGAGGAUGCUAAAAAGCUAUAUAAGGAAGGAGAAGGUAAAUGGGGAACAGAUGAGAAGACUUUUAUCCACAUUUUCACCCAAAGGAAUAGAGCCCAUUUAGCUGCAGUCGCUUCUGUUUAUCAGCAUUUGUAUGGGAACUCACUUGCAAAGGCCGUAGAGAACGAAACAUCUGGAAAUUUCAAGUUUGGACUUCUUACACUCUUAAGAUGUGCUGAGAAUCCUGCCAAGUACUUUGCCGAGGUGUUGUACGAGGCCAUGAAAGGCUUGGGGACAAGGGACACAACGUUGAUAAGGGUAAUGGUGACAAGGGCUGAGAUCGACAUGAACUAUAUAAAAGAUGAAUACGCAAAGAUAGAUGGGAAGUCGUUGCGGGAUGCAAUACAAUCCAAUACAUCAGGCGACUAUCGGACCUUCCUCAUUUACCUUUCUGGCCCAAUCGAUGCUCCAUAAUUAAAUGGAAUUGUGUAGGAAAAAUCGUACUUUGUGUGUGUUGACAUCAAGGUGUUUUGUUUCCAUGCUCUUCUUUUCUCUCUUUUCUUCAGUUUUCAACUAUGAGUGUCAUUUAGGGUUUACACAUAAGAGUGUUUGGAAUGCUCCAAAAGUAGUUUGUUAGUGUUUGGCAUUGUUGUUUUUGUGUACUAUGGGAUUGUGUAUUUGACUAUUAAAAGCUAGUGCAUGCUUUUAUUGGUUGUGUUGUUUAAAAAUGAAGAAUGAUAAAUGAUCUCGAUCUACCACA